CUGCCACAUGACGCCAACGCUUAUAUCGUCUCAUCUUCCAUACCAUUAGUGAACCCUCGUCCCAACCCCUUCAACGCUUCGGCCUCGGUUCUCUCCGCAAGACUUGACAUGGCCAAGGUUCUUGUUACAGGAGGCACGGGCUUCGUGGCUGGCCAUGUCAUCGAUGUCCUCCUUCAACGCGGGUACUCCGUCCUUACCACCGUCCGAUCCGAGGAGAAGGCAGAAGCCAUUCAUGCGUCUUUUCGGAGUGUGCCUCGGAGCCGGCUCGAGACCGUUAUCGUCCCAGAUAUUGCGGCUAAUGGUGCGCUCGCUGCCUUGGGCUCUCACGGCUUAGAGGCUGUUCUCCAUGUGGCUAGUCCGUUCCAUUACAACGUAAAGGACCCAAAGAAAGACCUUAUCGAUCCCGCCGUUCUGGGGACCAGCGGUGUGUUGAAAGCGAUCAAGGAGUCGUGCCCCGAUGUGAAGCGCGUCGUAGUUACGUCUUCGUUCGCUGCCAUUCUCAACCCACGUCUUGCGGCCGAAGGCACGGAGAAGACAUACACGGAAGAAGAUUGGAGCCCGUUGACCAUCGAGGAUGCUUACUCGAGUCCCACCAACGCUUACGUCGUCUCAAAGUUGAUGGCAGAGAAGGCUGCCUGGGAUUUCGUGGAAAAGGAGAAGCCUGGGUUCACCAUUUCUACCAUCAACCCGCCCAUGAUCUACGGGCCUGUCAUAUUGCCGCCCAAGUCACUCGCCUCUGUCAACACCUCAAACCAGACUUUGGCAGGUCUCAUCACGGGUAAGCACAAGGACGGCCUACCCCCGACGACGCUCCCGCUCUGGGUUGAUGUCCGCGAUGUUGCUUUGGCCCACGUCAAGGCGAUCGAAACCGAUGCUGCGGCCGGAAAGCGCUUUUUUGUCACUGCCGGCUUCUACAGCAACGCUGAGAUGGGUAAGAUCGUCUGGAGCAAGUUUCCCGAACUGAGAGAUAGACUUCCGGCGCUUUCCGACAUGGGAGGAGCUCCCAGCCCUGUUUUGAAGUCAUUCGGUUUCGACACCAGUAGAUCCGAGAAUGUUUUGGGUUUGACCUGGACGCCGUAUGCCAAAACCGUGGUUGACUCCGUUAAGUCACUGGCGAGCCUGGCGGAGUAG